AUGAAGAACAAUGACAACCUGUGUUUCCUGUGGAGUCAUGUGAUACAUCUGAAUCCUAAGGCAAGAAGAGCAACCACUAUCACACAAAAAGAUAGGGAAUUCAUAACGAACCUGGACUAUGACGGUUUAGACUUCCAUGUGAAGAUAAGUGACAUUGAUAGAAUUGAGAGGAAAAACAGUAUCAGCAUAUCUGUGUUUGGUUAUAAGGGUAAGAAACAGUUCUACCCUAUAAGGAACUCCAAGGCUAAAUACGAGGAUCAUAUGGAACUUCUACUCCUAGGUGAUGGUGAAGGUAACAACCAUUAUGUGCUCAUAAAGGAUGUAAAUAAGAUGCUUUUCAGUGUAAGUAAACAUGCACAUAAGCAGCACUUCUGUCUACACUGUCUUCACAGUUGUAUAAGUGAAGAGGUACUGGAAAAGCAUAAGGAAACAUGUCUGGAGGUAAACGGAACUCAGGCUGUAAAGCUUCCUGGGGAAGGGACAAAAAUCAAGUUCAAAAAUCAUAGGAACUCAAUGCCCGUGCCGUUUGUGAUAUACGCUGAUUUUGAGUCCAUACUAGUACCAGAGGAGAGAAAAGAGAAGUCAGAGAACCCUGAGGAUGAAAGUAGUACGGACCUUUACCAGACACACAAGGCUUGUAGUUUUGGUUUGAAAACAGUCUGCCACUAUGAUGAUAAGUACUCCGGUGAGUAUAAGAGUUACGUUGGAGAGGAUGCUGCAUUGGUCUUCCUAAAGACUGUAUUGAAAGAGUCCUUCAGAUGUAGGGAAAUGACUGACAAAAUAUUCAGGAAGAAAAUGGUAAUCACACCUAAAGAGGAAGCAGAAUUCCUGGUUACAAGAAACUGCCACAUAUGUGGUUACGAUCUAUGUGAGGACCGUGUGAGAGACCAUGACCAUGUAACAGGUAAGUACCGCGGAGCUGCUCACAAUAUAUGCAACCUUAAGUACAGAAUUACAUGGAAAGUACCUGUGGUCUUCCACAACCUGAGAGGUUAUGAUAGUCAUCUGAUUAUGCAGGAAAUUGGUAAGUUCAAGAUGGAUGUUAAUGUGAUUCCAAAUAAUAUGGAAAAAUACAUCUCAUUCUCACUGGGUAAGAAUCUGGUCUUCAUAGACUCUAUACAGUUCAUGGCUUCUUCACUGGAAGCACUGGUGAGUAACCUUUCACCUGAAGACUUCAGGAUAGUAGGUAAGAGGUGGAAGGGUGAUUUAUAAUAACAUUUAAUAUCCAUCUUUGGUUAAAAAAGUACAAUGGAAUUACAAGAAGUGCUAAGGUUAAAAUUGAUAAGAAGAAAUUUUACUAUUAUUUACAUCAAUGUUGCUAAAAAUGUUUAUACUAGUUAUAUAUUCUAUAAAAUUAAUUUAGGACUGUUUUAAAAGGGAUAUAGCUCUAGGUAUAAAGGAUUGCCGUGUCUUUUAGUAUACGAUACAACAUAUGGUAGAUUAUUUGUUGUUCUUAGAUCGUGUUCAUGGGUAAAAGGUUGGGGGAUAAGUUUAUUACAUGGGUUGGUCGGAUCAUUUAGAAUUCUUUAGAGGACUUCAAUCUAGUGACACAAAAAGGAGUGUUCCCCUAUGAGUUCCUAGAUGAUAUUAGCAAACUCAAUACAGAAGGUCUUCCGAGCAAGGAUAAGUUCUACUCGUCACUGUAUGAGUCAGAGGUGAAGGAGCAAGAUUACCAGAGAGCUCGGAAAGUAUGGGAUCACUUCAAGAUGAAAACCAUGAGAGACUACCACGACCUCUACUUGGAGACCGACGUUCUUCUGCUGGCUGAUGUAUUCGAAAACUUCCGGAGAACAUGUCUGGAAAGUUAUGAACUUGACCCCGCACAUUACGCGUCAGCACCUAGUCUGAGUUGGGACGCUUUCCUGAAAAAGUCAGGUGAAGAAAUAGAAUUCGUAAGCGAUAUGGAUAUGUUCCAGUUCUUUGAGAAGG